GCGGAGGCACAGGAGGAGGCGGCACCCAGGGGCCGGGGAAGGGGAGGCCAGGACCAUCGCAGUGACAAUUUCUUUUUCUGCGGCGGCGGCUGCAGCAGGGACUGCUGCUGCAUGCUCGGGAUUGACCGGCCUGCGCGUGGGUUUGCGAGGGCGGUGUUCGUCCCAGGCGCUGGGGAGCCACUGCAAAGAAGGGAAGGAGAAGGAGGAGAACAACGCACGCAGCCGGAACGAGUGGAACUAGCAAAGCUGCCUCGGUCCACAGAGGAGAGAGGGAGGAGGCACUGCCGAGGCAAGCGAGCGGGCGCCUCCACGCUGGGUGCCAUGGCACCCGGCUGCAGUGCCUUCUAGCAAAAGCCAGCGCGGCCCGGGCUGCAGCGGCCAGACGGAUGCCCAGGCCACACGGCAGGCGCGGGGACAGCCGCUGUAGUCGCCGUCCCACGCGGGCUCCGGAUAUCAGAGGUUGUUGAUGAAGCGAUUGAGAAGAAACAGUGAACACCUUCAUUUUGCAGACAGGACAACAUGGAUCAGCCAUUUACUGUGAAUUCUCUGAAAAAGUUAGCUGCUAUGCCUGACCAUACAGAUGUUUCCCUCAGCCCGGAGGAGCGAGUCCGUGCCCUAAGCAAGCUUGGUUGUAAUAUCACCAUCAACGAAGACAUCACUCCACGCCGCUACUUCAGAUCCGGAGUAGAAAUGGAGAGGAUGGCAUCUGUGUAUCUGGAAGAAGGAAACUUGGAAAAUGCCUUUGUCCUUUAUAAUAAAUUUAUAACCUUAUUUGUAGAAAAGCUUCCCGGCCAUCGAGAUUACCAACAAUGCGCAGUACCCGAAAAGCAGGACAUUAUGAAGAAACUGAAGGAGAUUGCAUUCCCAAGGACAGAUGAAUUGAAAAAGGACCUUUUAAAGAAAUAUAACGUAGAAUACCAAGAAUAUUUGCAAAGCAAAAACAAAUAUAAAGCCGAAAUUCUCAAAAAGCUGGAGCAUCAGAGAUUGAUAGAGGCAGAAAGAAAGCGAAUCGCUCAGAUGCGCCAGCAGCAGCUAGAAACGGAGCAAUUCCUGUUUUUUGAAGAUCAGCUCAAGAAGCAAGAAUUAGCCCGAGGUCAGAUGCGAAGCCAGGAAACCCCAGCGCUGUCUGAGCAGAUUGAUGGGAGUGCUUUGUCCUGCUUUUCCACACACCAGAACAAUUCCUUGCUGAAUGUGUUUGCUGAUCAACCUAAUAAAAGUGAAGCAACCAAUUACGCUAGCCACUCUCCUCCUGUCAACAGGGCCUUAAAGCCAGCUGCCACUCUAAGCGCUGUUCAAAAUCUAGUGGUUGAAGGACUGAGAUGUGUAGUUUUAUCAAGAGAUCUUUGCCACAAAUUUCUGCUGCUGGCAGAAUCUAAUACAGUGAGAGGAAUAGAAACCUGUGGAAUACUCUGUGGAAAACUGACACAUAAUGAAUUUACUAUUACCCACGUAAUUGUGCCAAAGCAGUCUGCAGGACCAGACUAUUGUGACGUGGAGAAUGUAGAAGAAUUAUUCAGUGUUCAAGAUCAACAUGAUCUCCUCACUCUGGGUUGGAUCCAUACACAUCCAACCCAAACUGCGUUCUUGUCCAGUGUUGAUCUUCACACUCACUGUUCCUAUCAGCUCAUGUUGCCGGAGGCGAUUGCCAUUGUGUGUUCACCAAAGCAUAAAGACACUGGCAUCUUCAGGCUUACCAAUGCCGGCAUGCUUGAGGUCUCCACUUGUAAAAAGAAGGGCUUUCAUCCACACACCAAGGACCCCAAGCUGUUCAGCAUAUGCAAACAUGUAUUGGUAAAAGACAUAAAAAUAAUCGUGCUGGAUCUGAGGUGAUGUGUUCUGAAGAUUAACACUGACUGUCAACACCAGACACCUACUCAUGGACGUGUGGUUGCUGGAUUUUCUUAAAAUGUUUCCAGAAAUGACUGAUAUUUUAUAUUUAUACACUUUAGAUCUGAAAGUUUGAUAUUUAUUGCUCUUGCACAUUUUGAAGUUUUUCUUUUGCGUUGCUCUGUCUCAAGAGUGGUCACAAUGGUGUUAAAUCAAUACCUAUAAAUGUACCCAAAUAUUAUGACCAGAUAAUAAAUUGUGCUGCAAACAACA